AUGUACUGUUGUGGACUUUGUCAGAAGAGACCAAAACGAUCAGUUCAAAGUGGCGAAAUUCGUCGUCAGCUAGAAGACGACGAAGAAUCUGAUAUAAAUGAAGAAUCAGCGAAUAGUUACACAGAACGUAGAGUGAAACUGAACAGAAAAGCAUCAGCAGCACCACACAAUGAAGACUUUUCUAGUCAUCUUGAUAUUAGUCGUUUAACCGUGCCGAAGAAGGUGGAACAUGUAAAACUUGGUCACACAUUGUGUAGUAACGAUGAACUGUUGAUAUUACAAGAUGGUAUUACAGCACUACAAGUGCAAGAUCAUACAUUAGAACCACAACACGUUCAUUGGAAUCAUGGUCUUAUCCGAGAUAUCUGUUGGUCGUCCUUACGUCGAAUAUUCAUAUGUAUAUGUCAAAAACGUGUUCACAGUUUUGAUCCGAUGAAUGUAGAAUCCCAAAUAAAUACAUUCUCUCACAUUUUACCAUAUGAAGAAAAAUACUCAUUUUGGAGGUGUACAUGCACACAAUCGACACUUUUUAUCUGUUACGCGGGACAUGGAACAACCAUCGAUGAAUAUGAUUUAUCGUCCUCGCCUGUUAGAUUAAAAAAGCAGUGGAACUCGCCCAGAUCAUGUCUGGAAACAGAAGGUAUAUGGUCCAUUCGAUGUGGUGAAGAUCAAAUCGGUUUAACAAUAAUGGAUUCGAUAACAGAAAAAUGGCACCUAGAAGUUCGAACUCUCAAAAUGGGCUUAUUAUGGCGCGUAGAUCUCCCUAUCACUGGUGGUGAUUGUGAAUUAUCCUUAAUGCUGAACGAUGAUUGGAUUAUUUUAAACAGUUAUAUUAACCGCUUAUAUCAGAUAUCAGAUCGGAAACUAAGAAUAGUUGUUCAAUAUGAACGCGACAUAAAAAAUGCCAUUAUGUUUACUGAUAAGUUUCUUGUUAUACGUACAAAAAGUACAAUUGAGAUUCAUUAAAUAAAAAUUUCUGUUGAGCAUUUGGUCAUCCAUCGUGGGAUUCCCUAGAGAGAAAAAUGUAUUUGCAGUGAGUAUAUAGUUGAAAAAUAAAAAUAUAAGAUUUAACAGGUCUAAAACUAUGAACAGACGAGUUUAAUAAAUUACGGAGUAGUCUCGUGGGUAUAGUUAUGCUCCAUAGCCAUCUACUACUUGAAAAUGUUGCUUUUACUUGAUAACAUCGUGCAGAGAAGAGAUAGAGACUUGCGUUUUUCAUCUAUGCAUUACCAGGCAUUGCACAGUGAACAUUCAGUCAAAAAGUCUUUUGUCAGAGUUUUCAGAGAGCCCAUACAUGGAUAUAUAUGGGCUAUGUAAGACAGUAAAAAUUUUUGUCCCGGCUGUUUUGGAUCAUGGAGAAACCGUACUGCCAAAAGCUAGUGUGAAAAUCUAGGAGCCUGGACGUAAACUUAACUUUUUAUUGAAACUUCCAGAUUUUAAUACAAAAUAAUAUAGAAUAUAAAUUCAGACUUCUUCUGCUACAGACCAGCUAAAUUACACGAUUUAGAAAGUGUUAUAAACGUUGUUGGACCAUAUAUUUAGUCUUCCAAAACUGUCUUUUUACGUAAAAUGUAUUUUUUCUCCGUUCACAAACUUUUUUAAGAAAAUUGAAGUCUCUCAUUAAUCUUUCAAAGACCAAAAUCUCUGGUAAAAGCGCGAUGAGUUUAUACCUCUAACAGAUAGUUUUCAGCCGUCACACUAUGUUCUAUGUAAGUUCAACAUAUUUAUCUAUUAUCGUUCUCGUACUGAAUAUUUUUGUGAAUUCUAGGCAAAUAGGGCCCUAUUUGUAGGUAAUAGAAACAGGGCAACAGUGUUAAACUUAUAUUAACGGUGAAAAACAAUUUUUGAAUUACCUCUAGAAUAAAAAAGGUUAUUUAAAAGCACUUUGUUCAUAUUUGACAGCUGAACCAUCAGCUACAAAUUUUGUAUCAAACGUUUCGAAAGUGUUGGUACAAAUUUUCUGGUUUCUCUAACGUACGUAAAUAGAAAUGCCUUUUUGCGUGAUACCUUCUGAUUUGAAUAAAAAUCCAAAACAACUUAAUUAAAGCUAAAUUUUCAGAGCAGAUUCGCCCGCCUGGAAUGCACAUAACGACAUAAGAAUCAAUUCUAUAGUUCCUCCAUUUCUCGAUGAAAAUGAAAACAGUUGUGGCUCAAACGCAACGGCGUAACAUUUGUUCCAGGCAAAUGGUGAGCUCACCAUAAGUCCAUGGGGAUAACAAAACAUCCACAGUUAACUUGAAAUUAAGCCACAUCCUAUAUUUGGUUGUAUCUGCAGUAUAUCGUAGCUAUUUCAAAAGGCACAAAAUUAUCAACACUCUAGAAAAAAUACGUCGUGUACAAAAUUCUAAGGGUUUGCUAAUGGAUUUGGGAGACGUUACUAAACCCGUAAGAGUAUCUGAAUCGUUCUUAAAAACCUAAAACGUUUUGUAAAGGAUUUAUAAGUCUUUCUGAAUCUUAAGGUUUUUUAAACUACGAUUUAGCAAAACAAUUAGAGUUUUUUUUGUAGAUUGAAAGGUUUCGUGAAGCAGGUUAAAAACCCUGGGGGAAUUUCUUUGUCUCGAAAAACUCAAUAGAGUGUUUUUCUAAACCCGUGUGGUUUUUCAUUCAACAUUGCAGAGUUUUUAAGUUUACUAAACUCCGGGAUUUAGCAUCCAACAUAUUUGAUCUAGGUAUCUUGGGUCUAGAACAUCCAAUAUAUUUUUAUCCAAAGAAAGCUCAUAAGUUACGAAUUAAGUCAACUUUGGAGUGUUAGUCAGUGGAACGAGCUCGAUAUUCUCUGUUCUUAAAACGUGUGAGCAUAUCUGCUCGCCGUCUAGAGCAUCAAAUGAUAGUUAAUAGUCCUCGCUUGCCUGUUCGAAUGUAUUCGGAAAAUGGUUGCUAGCAGCUUGCAAUAUGUAAUUUAACCUGUUUUUAUGAGUUCUUUCAUUGCUUAAGCCUAUGUCUGAAGCUUUCUACUACUGCUAGUUGAGAAGAGCAUGAGAACUCCGAUAAGUGUGAAAUCCUUAUAUUGUUUUUGACAAUAUGAAUCUAUCUUAGAAUAGAAAAACUGCUAUUACACAGAUAGAUAGAUAGACGUAAGUCUAUCGUUCAAGUCUAUGUUGAUCCGCGCUCUGCAAAGAAUUUAUUGACUUUCAACUGUAAAUCUAUCAUUAAAACCUAAUUUUUUCGUCAAAUUUUCCUCAAAUACGAUACAAAAUCAUCUUAUACUAGUGGUUAUACAAUAAGGAUGGACGUAGACACCCCUUCGGGGGUAAAUGCCG